CUAGUACUGAGGGUGUAACUGGACCAUAAACAAGAAGCAACUUCCUCUUGCAAGGUAUAUAGCCUGGCCUUCAAAAUCUACUGGUUGAUCGAAUCCCAUUCUGACCAAGAAAGGGAGAAGCUGCAGGAGAUUCCUUAUAUACAACCCAUCUUGCCAGCAGAACUACUGAAAAACUGACAGUUACUAGAGACACAUUAGCAUGAAGAACUCAAUGACCUUUGAGGAGCAGACGGAGAAAAUUGUGGAAGUCUUGCUUUCUGAUUUCUUAGAGGAAAAGCUACAAAUAGAGUGUCGCGGUCUAGACAGUCAGCCUGCAAAUGUGACUGAAGCAGCUGCAGGGGAUACUUCAAGCAUUUUUGACCCAGUUAUUAUUGCCAGCCGACUGCAAGAGAUAGGAGAUCAAUAUAACAAGGACCUGACUCAGCAUGUUCAUAUGCUCGCUGCAGAGAUGGUGGAGGGAAAGCUGGAGAAAUUUGGAGAAAUGGUGGAAUCACUCAGCAAAGAAUGGUGUAGCUAUAAUCCUGGUCUGGAGUAUGAAAGAGCUUUCCUGGCUGUCUCUGUGAGGUUAUUUAAGUACCUUGUACGUAAAGUUUCUUCUGUGGCUCAAUCAGCUCUACUCACAGGGCUAAUCAACGGAAAUGCCCAAGUGAGAGUCUAUAUUGAGGAGCAUGGUGGCUGGGAGAAUGUUGAAAACUGAAGAGGAUAAAAGAGUCCCCAGUUCCUUACUUCCAAUAAAAGAAGCUUUGCUACACUUUGCCAUUUCAGCAGUGAAAACAGUGCAGUCGAGUUGCACAGAAGUGAUUUGUUCAAUUAAACCGAGAACUAAACAAAAGGCAACGAUUGGAGGCUAUAGGGGGUGGGUGAGGAGAAAAGUUAGGAUUUAGCCAUCAUUCACAGCAGGUCACAACCCAACAGGUGAUUCAUUUGACCACAUUCUACAUGAUACUCCAAUUGCAAUGGCCUGGCUUACUGGAGAAUUACUAUCAUUGCGUUUUCCUAGUUGCUAUGGAUUGGUUUCAAAGCAGAAUCCUCCUGCUGGCAAAACACAGGGUUUGGGUCCAACCUGACAGACAUAUAUUGAAUGUCUGGGGAAAUGUGAUGUCCCUGAAAUUGAAGAUCUGGAGGACAGGCCCACAAAUACCAGCUUUGUUCAACAGGUAGAUUGACUAUGUCAAUAGAUUUAAAUUCUCUCAUCUGUAAAAACUGAAAUAUAGUCAGCUUUCUCGUAAGAUAUAACAUUGUAAAGGCCUAAGUAUUAGGAUUUAAGGAAACACAUCUUACUGCUCAAAAAACUUACCAGUUAUCAUGCACUGUAUUCCAGCAAAUAACAAUCAAAGAAGCCAAGAGAAUAAUCGGGACCACCCAGCGCAGACUGCUCCAUGGAUUACAGUUCCAGUUUCUAAAACCAAAGGAAGAAUAAAAUGCAUACAAAUAGUUUUGUAGAAAAAUAAAGUUAGAAACAAG